UGAGCAUCACCAAUUGAGGCAGUUUCCUCAAAAAAGCACACCAAUUCUUCUGAUCCAAAUACAUUUAGUCAGAUUUCCUUUCCAAAAUGAUAAAAAUGAUAGGAUUCAUAAUCUUGAGUCUUUUAGCCUCCUCAAUCCCCUCACAAGCCCAACUUCAAUUGGGUUUUUACUACAAAAGCUGCCCCAAAGCUGAGAAGAUUGUGCAGGAUUUUGUCAACAAACACAUCCACAAUGCCCCCUCUCUAGCAGCAACCCUCAUAAGAAUGCACUUCCAUGACUGCUUCGUUCGGGGUUGUGAUGCAUCCAUACUCCUGAACUCAACUUCGGGUGGGCAAGCGGUAGAAAGGGAGACCGCUCCAAAUUUAUCAGUUAGAGGGUAUGACUUCAUUGACAGAGUAAAGAGUUUACUAGAAGCAGAAUGCCCUGGUAUUGUCUCCUGCGCAGAUACCAUUGCUUUGGUUGCAAGAGAUGCCAUUGUUGCCACAGGAGGUCCAUUCUGGAGAGUUCCAACCGGACGCAGAGAUGGCUUGAUCUCCCUACAGUCAGAAGCUAAUGCCAAGAUCCCAGCUCCAUUCGACAAUUUCACCACUCUUGAAACUCGUUUUGCUAGCAAAGGACUAGAUAUAAAAGACUUGGUCUUACUAUCUGGUGCUCAUACCAUCGGCAUAGCCCAUUGCUCUACAUUUGCAGACCGCAGACUGCUCAGUUUUAGUGGUGUGCUAGGCGUGGUGGAUCCAAGCAUGGACGGUGAAUAUGCGGCAAAUCUGAAGGCAAACAAGUGCAAAACUUUCAAUGAUACUAGGACCAUUGUCGAGAUGGACCCUGGAAGUCGAAAGACAUUUGAUCUAAGCUACUAUUCUCUUUUACUCAAAAGGCGAGGCCUUUUUGAAUCUGACCAAGCUCUAACUACUAAUGCUACUUCGUUGGCUAUUAUCAACCAACUGCUUCAAGGAUCACUUGAAAAUUUCUUCAAGGAAUUUGGGUUAUCCAUGGAGAAAAUGGGGCAGAUCGAGGUUAAGACAGGAACUCAAGGGGAAAUUAGGAAGCAUUGUGCCCGAGCGAAUAGUUAAAACUAAUCACAGAGCAUACUCCCCACUACGUUGUCUUGUAAGUUCUAGAAUCUUCUUGUACUUUUUAUUGCAUGUGUGGUGUGUACCUUUUUCUUUUUCUUUUUCUUUUUCUUUUUUCUCCUUUUUCAGUUCAAUUCAAGUUGAUGUAGGUGGUCUCCAUCGUGCACUUGUUAAAGUCUCCCCAAGUAGGAGAGAGUUUACCCAAUGUUGAAAAUAAUAAUGUGAUAAAAUUGAGUCUUUAGA